UCCCUCAGCAGGAAGUCCCUCUACUUUCUAAUUAGCACCAAACCCUCACAGAUAUCUGCAUCAUUGUUUGGCAUCGUUCUCUACAACAUGUUCUUCCACCCGCUAGCCAAAUACCCCGGUCCCAGGUCCAUGGCUGCCACCCGGAUCCCAUACCUACUAAUGACACUCCGCGGCCGACCCCCGCAAGAGAUGAACGCCCUGCACAAGCGAUACGGGCACGUGGUCCGCGUCGCGCCCAACGAGCUCUCCUUCAUCAGCAGCGACGCCUGGAAGCCCAUCUACGGCACGCGGCCGGGCCACGGCCAGAAGCCCAAAGACCGGCACGCGUACCCGCCCACGGCGAACAACGUGCCGAGCAUCGACCAGUCCAACGACGCCGACCACAGCCGGUUCCGGCGGCUCCUUUCGCACGCCUUCUCCGACAGCGCCCUCCGCGGCCAGGAGCCCAUCAUCCGGGGCUACGUCGACCUGCUCAUGCAGCGGCUGCACGAGCACGCGCGCCGCCACGGCCCGACCACCCCCACCGCGCUGGACAUGGUGGCCUGGUACAACUUCUGCACCUUCGACAUCAUCGGCGACCUGGCCUUCGGCGAGCCCUUCGACUGCCUGCGCAACGGCGCCUACCACGACUGGGUGCGGCUGAUCUUCAGCUCCGUCAAGGUGGCCUCGUACCUCAACGUCGCGCGCCGGCUGCCGGGCACGCGGUACCUUAUGCGCGCCAUCACGCCCGCGCGCGUCCUCGAGCAGCAGAGGUGGCACGUGCAGCUGACGGCCCAGAAGGUGCAGGCCCGGCUGGCCAAGACCAACGAGCGCCCGGACUUCUUCGCCAAUAUCCUCAAGCACCAGGGCCACUCGGAGAAAGGGAUCAGUGUUCCCGAAAUGAUCACCAAUGCGAGCACCCUCAUCAUCGCCGGGUCGGAGACCACCGCCACCCUGCUGUCUGGCGUGACCUUUAUGCUGCUGAAGAGUCCCCGCGUGCUGGCCAAGCUCCAGCAGGAGGUUCGGUCUGCUUUUGCCACCGAGGAGGAGAUUACGUUCGACUCCGUCAAUCGUCUGGAGUACUGUCUGGCGGUGCUGACGGAGGGGUUGCGCCUCUUUCCGCCCGAGGGGGUGGGACUGCCCCGCGUGGUGGAUGCGCAGGGGGAUGUCAUCGCUGGGGGCUGGGUUCCUGGCGGGACGACUGUCUCCGUCCCGCACUACGCCGCCUACCACUCCCCAGCCAACUUCGCCGACCCGGAUGCCUUCAUCCCCGAGCGCCACCUCGGCGACCCGCCCUACGCCACCGAUAACCGGGACGUGCUGCAGCCGUUCAGCUUCGGGCCGCGGAACUGCAUUGGCCGCAACUUGGCAUAUGUCGAGAUGCGCAUCAUCCUCGCCCGCAUGAUUUUCAAUUUUGAUAUGGAGCUAGAGGAUCCGGAGUCGGACUGGCUGGACCAGGAAUGCCAUCUGCUGUGGGAUAAGUCCGCGUUGAUGGUGAGGCUUAAGCCGAGGAAUCUGGUGCUGUGA